GUCAUGUUUUUGUGUAGCAGAGAGUAUUUUACACCAUGGAGCUGCCGGACCCUAUUAGAAAACGUUUAGAAGACUUUUCUCGCAAUGUUUUAUUCGACCAGAGUCGGACUGAAGCGUUCUCAAAAGACCACGACACGUUUUUGCCACACGACAAACGGGUUCUGUCCAGUCUGCAGCUCCAGAUGUCUCUGUACUUUAACAUGUGGUUCUUCCCCUUGUGGUGGAUCAGUGAAACUGUAAUGCUGCAGCUCAAGUAUCCUGCCCUGCCAGACUACUAUAAGUUCAUCCUCGUCACUGUUCUUUUGCUGAUGACUCUGAUUGAGGGCAUUAGACUCUAUCUGGGCUAUGCCGGGAACCUGCAAGAAAAGGUCCCUGAGCUGGCCGGGUUUUGGCUGCUGAGCAUCCUGCUGCAGUUCCCACUGAUCCUGUUUCAGCUCUUUAACGAAGCCAUUCUCAUACAACCCUUGGAGAGAGGCGUUCACAUAGUUCUGGCUAUAUUCAUACUCACACAGGCCCUCUCUGGUUUUGUGGCGCUCCGGGACAUGGUCAGACACACGGAAAGCCAAUUUCAUCUCCGACAGUUUGAUUGAAUUCUGCGGCUCUGAUGUCCCGGCCACAUCUUGAUACACCAGAAUGCCUUCUUACUUCACUCCUAAAAUGUGUCAAGUUUUGUUUUACAUGUAGCACAUGAGAUCUUUCCUCCCUACAGUUGAUUACUUAAGAGAAAUGUUUUGAACAUAUUUAUUUUUGUAUUUUAUUCACCUCCAAAUGGUUUGUAUUCUUGUAGCUUUGCAGUAAAUAACAUUUACAUGACAA